AUGCGCGUCCCAGCCGGAGCCCCAGUGCCAUUCUGGUUCUCAGUCAAGAAUCGCCUUCCGAAAUGGGCAAAAACCGCUCGGCCGACACUCGGAUCGAUCGCAGUCGUGACUACAGCUUUGAUUACUUGUUGUGCAGUGGCUGCAGUCACUCUUUAUCCCAAAUACUAUCACGAUUACUACAAAAAUGCGCAGAAGGAGGAGAGAGCACUGCUCCGAUCGUCGAGGGAACAGCAGGCCGGACCGCAAAACGUCUGGGCAGAUGUGUUCGACAAAAAACAUUGA